GCAGUUUCCUUUCCUCUCCGAGCAAGAUGGCGGGGGGUGGAGGUGGAGUGACUCUCGGGCAGCCACAUCUUUCUCGACAAGAUCUCGCUACAUUGGAUGUCACCAAGUUGACACCACUUUCACAUGAAGUUAUCAGCAGACAAGCCACGAUUAAUAUAGGUACAAUUGGUCAUGUAGCUCAUGGGAAAUCCACUGUGGUAAAGGCUAUUUCUGGAGUUCACACUGUCAGAUUCAAAAAUGAACUGGAAAGGAACAUUACCAUCAAGCUUGGAUAUGCUAAUGCUAAGAUUUAUAAACUUGAUGACCCAAGUUGUCCUAGACCAGAAUGUUACAGAUCAUGUGGAAGUAGUACACCGGAUGAGUUUCCUACAGACAUUCCAGGGACCAAAGGGAACUUCAAAUUAGUCAGGCAUGUUUCCUUUGUUGACUGUCCUGGCCAUGAUAUUUUGAUGGCUACAAUGCUGAAUGGCGCAGCAGUGAGUGCAGCUCUUCUGUUGAUAGCUGGUAAUGAAUCAUGCCCUCAGCCUCAGACUUCUGAACACCUGGCUGCUAUAGAAAUCAUGAAACUCAAGCAUAUUUUGAUCUUACAGAAUAAAAUUGAUCUAGUCAAAGAAAGUCAGGCUAAGGAACAAUAUGAGCAGAUUCUUGCAUUUGUACAAGGAACAGUAGCAGAAGGGGCGCCAAUUAUUCCAAUUUCUGCUCAGUUGAAAUACAACAUUGAAGUUGUCUGUGAGUACAUAGUGAAGAAAAUACCAGUGCCCCCAAGAGACUUUACUUCAGAACCCCGUCUCAUUGUUAUCAGGUCAUUUGAUGUCAACAAACCUGGCUGUGAAGUUGAUGACCUUAAGGGAGGUGUAGCUGGUGGUAGUAUUCUAAAAGGAGUGUUAAAGGUAGGCCAGGAGAUAGAAGUCAGACCCGGUAUUGUUUCCAAAGAUAGUGAAGGAAAACUCAUGUGUAAACCAAUUUUUUCGAAAAUUGUAUCACUUUUUGCAGAACAUAAUGAUCUUCAGUACGCUGCUCCAGGUGGCCUCAUUGGAGUUGGAACAAAGAUCGACCCCACUUUGUGCCGAGCUGACAGAAUGGUGGGACAAGUACUUGGUGCCGUUGGAGCUUUACCUGAAAUAUUCACAGAACUGGAAAUUUCCUAUUUCCUGCUUAGACGUCUUUUGGGCGUACGAACUGAAGGAGACAAGAAAGCUGCAAAGGUGCAAAAGCUGUCUAAGAAUGAAGUGCUUAUGGUCAACAUAGGCUCCCUGUCGACAGGAGGAAGAGUCAGUGCUGUCAAGGCUGAUUUGGGCAAGAUUGUUUUGACUAAUCCUGUGUGCACAGAAGUAGGAGAAAAAAUUGCACUUAGCAGAAGAGUUGAGAAACACUGGCG